AUGGAGGCAAAGGAACAAGAUGUUUCACUCGGAGCCAACAAAUUCCCAGAGAGACAACCCAUCGGUAUUGCAGCUCAGAGCCAUGACGACGGAAAGGACUACAAGGAACCACCUCCCGCACCGUUGUUUGAGCCUUCUGAACUCACUUCGUGGUCUUUCUACAGAGCUGGAAUAGCUGAGUUCGUUGCGACUUUUUCUGUUUCUCUACAUCACCAUCUUGACUUUCAUGGGUGUCAACAAAUUUGA